CUCGAGAGUCGAGGCUGAGCUGGCAAACAAACAUUCAGGCCCCAGAUGCUUGCACAAGCAUCCAUGCAUCCCUUCGAAAGCCUGAAGGUUGACCAGCCAGAAUUCUUCAACUUCAAGGGAGCCAAUUGCCAGGACGUAGGCGGUCUAGAUGCUUGGAGAUAGGUAGAGCUGUGGCACCUAUUCUCGCAAUAAUCGUUUAAAAGUUCGUGUCUUUGGGAUGCAGAUGGUAGCAGUGAGUAACAUUGCAGCGCCAGGGCCUGAUCGAUGUCAGUCUCCAUUGAUCCUUUCUCGCAUCAAACCCGAGACGCGCAGCAUGGCAGCAGCAAUUAGACCAAUUUCUCAGUUGGCAUCUUAUAGCAGGCCUCGGAGCUCGAAUCAGAGGCGUCAAUCAUGGACUGCAGUGGAUCCCACUGGGGGGCUGCCCGGAGCAUCAGUCAACCAGUCUCUAAAUCAAGGCCGCACUUUCAUUCAGCCCUGUGGAUUGCGUCCACAGCCACAUGGGCCUUCCAGAGCCGCUGAUUGGAAUGGGCAAGAAAAGUACAUCUCUCUAACAAGGGCUGGAGGCAUGCCUGUUCUGUCAACGGUGGCGAAAAAGAAGAAGGAGAUGAAGAAGGAGAAGGUGAAAGAGAAGAAGUUGGCCGACAAGGUUUUUGCAAUCAAGGGCAAGGGAGCUAAAGUGGAGGAUGCGAAGAAGAAGAAGGCUGCAACAGAGAAGAAGCCCCUACUGCAUGCGCACCACAAACAUGAGCGGCUGGCCAAGCUGCAGCCAGAGGAGGAACGCAAGAAGGAAGAGAAGGAGGAGCAGCCGCACAAGGCGGAGGAGGAGGCUGCUUCUAACCCUGAAAGUCCUGCAGAAGCUGCUUCCGACCCUGAAAGUCCUUCAGAAGUUGCUCCUCCGGUUGCGGUCCCAAGACAGUCAAGAUUGUCCCCAGAAGGCCGAGCGAAUGCGUUGAUCGAAGCUGCUGUUGGUGGAGUGACAGAGCUCCUGCGACUUUUGGGCGUGGGGAAAAGGCGCCCCGUUUCUGCGCGAGAAGGUUCGGCACUAGCGCCAGAGGCAGCCCCGUUCGAGUCGCUAGACGAGGUGUUGGCAGCCCUUCGGAAGGACUACGUGGAGCGUGCGUACUUUGUCACAGGGAACAUCACAGACGCCCUGUAUGAUCCGGAUUGUUUUUUCGCCGACCCCACAGUCAAAUUUACAGGGCGUGAUCGAUGGAAGGAGAACCUCAGGCUACUCGUGCCGUUCCUAGAAGACCCGUCGAUCACCCUUCUGAGAAUAGAGCCGGUUCGGGAGGGGGGAGCAACCGUCGUGUCAACGAGAUGGAUCCUCAGGACGUAUCUGAAGCUGCCUUGGCGGCCGUACAUAGACGUGGCUGGGGGCACGACGCACCUUCUGAACGAACGAUUACAGGUUGUGGAGCACGUGGAGCGGUGGAAGGUGUCUAGUUUGGCAGCGAUCAAGCAGAUCUUUGUCCCGUCGCAGCGAGCAUGGCCCUAAUACCCACGAGCCGAGUAUGCAUCGUUCUUUGGUUAAGGUGCCCUUAAAUUUGGUUUGGGUGACCUUACGUUGAUUAAGGUAUAGGCGUUCACAAGACCACUGGACAAGACCACUAAGUCUAGGAAGCUCUGUAGCCGCUUGCAGGCUUGACUCGAAUUGUUGGCCGGUUUGGAGUUGGAUGUAAGUUCCAGCCCAAAAGCAACGUGAGUCUUGAGCAAAGACGAGGGCCUUGCCCUGCAUGCUGUGGAAUUGUUGUCGACUGUUGCAAUCGAUCACUG